AUGUCAUUUCCAUUCAAAGAAGUUUGCCAAUUGCUGGAUCGCCUGGAAACUGUCGAGCUACACGAGAACCUCCUCCCAUCCGCCAAGCCUGACCGCUACAAAGAGCUGGUGAACAGCUGGUUCAGCUCGCACCGAAGACAGAUCAACGAACUCGACGUCCUCGGCUCAUGUGCCCUGCUCUCCACUCUGGUGCCACAUUGGAGAACCGAUCGUGUAUACAGCCUCCAAGCAGCAGGCCUAUGCAGGAUCCUCGGUCGAGCUCUGGGUCUGUCGACAGCACGGAGGACUUCUCUUGCAGCCUACACUCAGCCAGGGGCUGGUGAUUUGGCGACGUGCUUCGAGAGGGUGCACGCAGCGGGAGGGCCGCCUGCGACUCCGGCAGUGACAGUGGAGCAUGUCGACCAUAUGCUUCACUCCCUGGCGGGCCGCUCCAGUUUUUCCGAUCCCUCCAUUGCUAGGCUACCUCCCAGUUCGUCAGAGACUCGUGAUCGUCUACUCAGCAACGUCUUCUGUCGUACCAGUCCUCAAGAAGGCAAAUGGCUCGUCCGUCUGAUCCUCAAGGACUUCCGGCCUGUGCAGUGUGAUGAGACCAUUAUCCUGAAGAGCUUUCAUUUCUUGCUGCCGGAUCUGCUUCGCUUUCAACGAGAUUUCACAGCUGCUGUGACGUUGUUGAAGAAUGAACUGAAGCAGUAUCCCGAGAAGCCUGACCCGCGGUCUGAAGCUUUACAUCGGAAGACCAUUGCAGAUGCCCGGACCAUCCGUCCUGUCGUAGGAACCAAAGUUAGUAGACCGCACUUCCACAAAGGGCGCGGCAUAGACUCAUGCAUGAAGAUGAUGGGCUCGAAAGUGUGGGUGUUGGAGAGGAAAUAUGAUGGCGAAUACUGCGAAAUCCAUGUCGACCUGACCAAGUCUACCAAUCCCAUAGACUGCAUCACAAUCUUUUCCAAGAGUGGCAAGAACUCCACCCGGGAUCGAAAGGCGAUCCUCAAGACUCUAGUCGAAACGCUUCGGCUCGGCACUCCAGACUGCCAUUUCAAGAAGCAAGCUAUUCUACUCGGCGAACUUGUAGUCUUCUCCGACCAGGAUGACUGUAUCAUGCCGUUUGAGGAGAUCAGAAAGCAUGUCUCAAGGUCUGGCGUAUUCAUUGGUACAGAACAGGAUUCGAUGCCGAAAGCUCAUGAGCACCUCGCUAUCGUGUUCUUUGAUUUACUGCUUCUCGAUGAUGAGGUCGUCAUGAAUAAGCCCAUCAAUGAGCGCCGCGACUGGCUGCGAGUGGCUUAUAAGAAAAUCCAUGGCCGAGCUAUGGGUGCUGAGUGGACAAAAGUGGACUUUGCUCAACCAGAGAGAGCCAAGCGUUUGUUCUUGCAGCACUUUGCCAUGUCGAAUGCGAAGCGCUGCGAGGGUCUUGUUUUGAAGCCGUGUGAUGUGCCAUACUUUUCCAUUGAAGCUCACCCCGCUGACUACAGGCACAGCUACAUCAAGCUGAAGAAGGACUACAUCUCUGACAUGGGUGACGAGGAGGAUUUUGCUGUGGUGGGCGCAAGUUAUAAUGCGCAGCAAGCGGCAACAGCUGGUGGCAAAGCUUUCAUCAAGUGGACCACGUUCCACCUGGGCUGUCUGACAAACAAGGAGGACGUUCGCAAGUAUGAUGCCAGACCGAUCUUCAAACAUGUCGGGACGAUCGAUCAGCAGCACUGCAUUCCACAGGCAAUUCUUGAGACUGCCAACAUUCUAGGCAAUUUGCGCGCCUCGCCAUGGACGGAGUCUGAGCCUCCUCAAAACUUUGACUUGGAAGCAACCCGCUCGUCCAAGAUAUCAGUGGUCUUCGACAAGCCACUGGUCUUCGAGGUACUCGGCGCAGGGUAUGAGAGGCCCUCGAGCUGUGACUAUCUAAUGCUACGCCAUCCGAGAGUGAAGAAAUUGCACGAGGAUCGUGAUUGGACCGACUGUGUGACAUUUCAAGAGCUGCAGAAGAAGGGUAGAGCGUCGCGUGCGGCGGCAGUAGACUCGGAAUCGCAAGAAAUGCAAAGAUGGAUCGACAAACUGGAA